UACAAAAUGACUGGCUGGAUACGGACUAUUGGAUCUAAAGUAGGGGGAGUUGUAAAGGCUAUUGACCUUUAUGGAAGACGUAUUACUCUUAAUUAUAAAGGAGAGGAUAAGUUCAAGACUAUGUUCGGUGGAUCUGUCAGCAUAUAAUUGUCCUAAUCACUCUCCUUGGCUAUGCUGCUUACAUGAUGGAAACCAUGUUCGCAAGAAGAACCAUAGUCUACAGCACCAAUAGCGUCAUUAGGGACCUUACUAAAAGCGAUGAAGAGCAUCGCCCAGCUGAGCAUGGUUUCGCCAUUGCAGUUGGGUUUAGAUUCAACAGUGUUAGCUUGCUUGAUGAAAAAUAUUUGAAAAUGUUCAAAAUUAAAGCAUAUCAGUAUCAUUCAAUUAUAAAGCCUGAAGGUGGCUGGAAUGAGACUUGGACUGAACUCGAGUUGAUGAAGUGUGAAGAUUCUUUCCCUUAUCAAAAUAAAACCCUACUCAGACGCUUUAACAUUCAUAAUUAUGUCUGAAUAAAGCCUACAAACUAUUCGAUCGUUGGAAAUUGGUAUACGGAUAUUUCAAAAUCCUUACAAAUUGAAUUGCUAAGAUGAGAUACAAGUGAAAGAGAUGAUUGAGAAGAUGAUGGAGUCAUCAACUCUGAAAUCUUUAAUAAUUAUUUUGAAGUGCUAAUGAUCAAUAGCUACUUUGACCUGGAAAGCUUCAGUCAGCCUAUCAAGAAUUAUCUUACCCAGAAGUAUUAUUACGUCUGCCAACAAGGUUACUAUCUCAAAACAGAUAUCUUCUUGAAGGAGAAUAAAAUUGAUACUCUCGAUGACUACACUCUGGUUGAUGGGAAAAAGGAUGGAACUUUCUAUGCUAUUUCCGAAGAGAAAACUGAUAAAUUCAGUUAUGAUUCAAAAACGUUCUCAUAUGUUACUGUGUACCUAGAUUCUGAGUCAGACACUUACACUCGAGCUGUCUUCACAUUCACAGACAUCCUUGCCAGCAUUGGAGGUAUUUUUAGUCUUCUCCAGUCUCUGGCUGCGGUCAUUGUUGCAUUCUAUGCUGACCGAGUCUAUAAGUUUUCAGCGAUUUCCAAAAUUUAUACCUUUGAUGAGAAAGAACUCUAUGAAGAUUCAGGUGAAAAUUCAAAUAAAAUAGAUGAGCUAUCCCAAAAACCUAUCAUCGUUGAAAACAAUAAUAUCUAUGAAAGCUCCCACCCAGGUGGAUUCAAUUUUGAAGAAGACAAGAAGGGAGACAGCGAGGAGGAUGAAGGAGGAGCGCCUGAAGAUCCUGCCAAACCUCUAGCCCAGGAGUCUCCUAUUUAGCCGUGAACAAGAAAUUUCAUUAAAGGAGAAAUUGAGCAAGAAGAGAAGGUAUGCUUAUACUGCUGUUGACCUCCUAUACAAUAUGUUCUGUGUUGUUAAGUGAAAGAAGUGGUGCAGGAAGCGAUACAACAAUUCUAAACUAUACAACAAAGGACUUCAGAGAUAUUGCCAUGACUUAGAUGCAACAAAUAUUAUUUCAAAUUUACAUCAACUUAAUAUUUUGAUAAACGUACUCUUCACUGAUAGGCAGAAGAUUCUUUCUAAGUUCAGUGAUUCAAGAUCUCUAAGCAAUGAAAGCUGUGCUACAGCGAACAAACUGGAUCUGAUUCUGCCUUACAAAUGCAAAAACUUUGAGCAGAAGCUUAUUGAGUACCAAGAAGCCAUAGGAGAUAUUAAAGAAAAUGAACUCACAGAGUUUGAUAACAAACUCAUCGACCAGAUUGACCCAGGCUGGAGACCAAUCAUGAAACACCCAGUAUGAAGCAAAGUGGUUUCAAAGAACUUAGACUCCGGAGGAACAAAUCGACAGAUCAGAAAUAUCACAUCUCCUGAACACAGAUUGAAUGUAUCGGUGAAAGAUGUUCAGAUUGAGCUUCAGCAGAGACCACCUGACCAAAACCACAGUGUUUCCUCCUCAUCAAUCAAAAACGAAGAAGACAUAAUAUCUGCAGAAAUAGACGACGAUGGGAUAGCAUUUGGCAACAGAGCAUCCAUCCUAUCCAAGAAGGAAGGAAACAGCCCAGCUUCAUAUCUUGCUAAGAUCCAUGAACACAACAAGUAACCCCAAGGCAUUUAUUUGAUCACCCAGUUAUUCUUUAAGGAGUUCCAAAUUCUUU